AGGAGCGACCCAGUCCUACUCUGGAAGCCGACGAGGAGCGACCCAGAAUCUCCAAGCGAGAAGAUGAUUAUGUGAUGGAAAUAUCUGCUUAAGGCAACUGGAAAAUAAACUUUGGAAAUAAGGAAAAUAUUCGUGAAUGGAGAGGAAAUUCGUGAAAAAUCUUGGAAAAUGUGGACGAUUACAGUCAAAGUAUCUACUUACAGUAUACACAGCAAAAGUUGCAAGAGAAAAUACAGUAAUGUUUAUACAGGAAAAUUUAGAGAAUUCUGUACCUGAGUGACCCACUAGUGUAAUGAGACAGAGAAAACAAAACGUAGAAAAAUAAACUAUGAAAAACAAGCAGAAAACAUUAAAGUUGGGGAAGGACCCCUAUAGAAUAAUGAAUAACAAUGAAGACAGAAUUUGCAAAAUGUGAUACAAAAAAAAACUUUAAACAGGUGAAAUCCAGAUAAUUAAGAAGGACCCCUAAAGAGUACACUGAAUAAUAAUGAAGAGAGACUAUGCGAAAUGUAAAAAAAAAUAAAGACCUUAGAUAAACAGGUGAACGGGCUGUAAUUAACUCUCCCCAGGUAAAGGGUGACCUUACCUUAUGGCAGCUAUGAUGAUAGGUCGCCAUAACCUCCUCCUGAUGGUCACAGGAUUCUUCCUCAACUGUCGACCGACCUCGACUAAAGAUCUGGGCUCCGGUCGCAGUUUUCUCAGAGACGACGACAGCAUUACGUUGGAUACCAGCUUUUUCCUGCGAGAAUCUCCACAUUUCGGACUACCGAUGCAAACGGUCACCGUCAACGCUGGACAGACGGCGAGACUGACUUGCAUCAUCCAAGAUGUCGUCGAUUACGAAGUGGCGUGGAUGAACAAGGACACCAACACCGUCAUAUCCCUAGGGGAGACCGUCAUCACGAUGGACACUCGCAUAUCGGUCCAGAGGGAGCAGAGGUCGACUUGGAUACUGACGAUCAAGAACGUAACGGUCCGUGACCACGGGUACUACACGUGCAACAUUAAUACCCAGCCCCCGACGUCUAUACAGGGGUUCUUAAAAGUCGUAGAGCCGCCCGUAUUGGAGGACGGAGACGAGGAGGUGUGGGUGCUGGAGGGAAUGUCAGCCCACCUGAGCUGCUCAGCCCACGCGACGCCCACGCCGACGUACAAAUGGAUCAGAGAGGACUACAACACCAUAAGGAUAAAUUCAUCCACGUUUGUAUCAAGCUGGAUAGGCCGCAACCUCACCUUGCACCACUCCAACCACAGGAGCGCCGGGGGUUACCUCUGCAUCGCCAGCAACGGCUAUCCGCCGUCUGUCAGCAAGCGAGUUCUAUUACACGUCUACUUCGCCCCCCUCCUCAGGGGCCCUGGCAUGGAGGUGAGGGCCCACGUGGGUCACAGCGUCAGUCUGACCUGUCUCUACGCCGCCUACCCUUCGCCCACGGUCGUCUGGGUCAGGGAGAACGAGAACGAGGUGCUACAACUGACAGAGGAGUAUUACACGAUCACUCCACAAGAUGGACACCCACCUUAUACCCAUAACAUGACGCUCCAUCUGCGUAAGCUGGUCCAUUCAGACUUUGGAAGGUAUACCUGCAUCGUCACAAACUCUCAGGGAGAAGCCAGUUACACCACUGUGCUAAGAGAAGUGAUAGCCAAGAAGAGGCCAGUCACAAGCACGAAAUCCCCUCCGGAAAACGUCAGCUUGUUCCCCAAACUGUCGUCGAGAGAAACCUCACACCUGUCGCACCAUUAUCAAAAUUAUGAUUAUCAGACCAAGAACCUCUCGGCUCCGCUCAUUGUGAACAUGAAGACAGGCAUCUAUCGAGGUGAGACUGGGAUCCAACCAGCGCCCUCCAGAGACCAGUCCUACAGUCCCAGAAGAUCCAAAAACAUUGCGAGGAUCAGCCUCAAGGAUGUCAAUCACGAGCUGAGUUCAGCAGCUGACGCCCUGAGGAAGCAUCGUCACUUCCCCCUGAUGUUGUUAACAUUCUCAGUGAUGGGUUUCCUCCUGCCCUAGGAGGAGGAGGAGGAGGAGGAGCAGGGGCCCAGUUAAUGACUCUUAUUCUGUCUGUUAAUAAAAAUUUUGAAAAAAACAUUAGAAGUUAGAUCGUGGAACCCCUUUUCCGUUGAUGGUUUUCACCGACGUCUUUGCGUCGCGAAAUCCUCUUGCGUAAGAUGAAGGAAAAGAAUAAUUAGAUGAAGAUGAAGCGAUAUAAAUAGAAAGAAAAUGUUAACUCGAGGAAGUGUGAUGACAUAAUAGUAUUAUUCCCUGUUUGUUUACGCAAAGUACAACUAUAUUUUAUACACAGAUCCCAGCGAAGACGCUCGCCGUCUUGAAACGAUUUAAAAAUAAAAUAUUGUAGUACCUUUUGAAUUUACAAUGAAAGUUUUUGUAUUACAAAAUACUUUCUCCAACAUAUCUCCUUUCCUGUAUUGCCUCUGCUGUUCUUAAAAAAAAAACAAAUCAUUCUACUUACGUAACUAUCCCAUAAGAAGAUGAAUUCAUACCCUGUUCAAAUCUUGUAAUAGUACCUGAGGUCAUAUCUGAGACAAUUGAAGAUGUCAACAAAGGCGAUUCUUUGAGUUUCUAAGGAACCUUUCAUACGAAUGCCUACGAGUGUCAGUAUUUGAUAGCUUUGAAAAGUCUGGCCUGGAGAUUUUGUCUCAAAAUUUGUUGUCAAAGAAUGAUUUCUCAUCUUAUAAGUCGAAAUUUUCUUAACAUACUGUUUUUACAUCUCCAGAAUGGCCAUGAUUAUUUUUUUAACGUUCUAUGACUUGAUAUUCAUAUUUUGUCGAAUGAUUGUUAGCUCGACUUUGCUAUAGGCUACACUCGAAAUUUAAAUGCUCUGGUCUUGCAUUAUCUUGGUAUUGGUAUUCCUUUGUAUUUCCUUAUCACACAAGAUUUCUGAUCAAAGACUUAAUUAUCAUCUGCCUUGUUAGAUUAAGUUUUUCGUCUUCAAUAUAUUUUAUUGACAGCGAAAAUUUAGCCAGAAAUGAUGUAACAAUUCGAGAAAGUGGAUUCUGCAUCUCUUGUAAAGACCAAAUACUUCUAAGCCCAAUUUGUUUUCAACGAUAGUUACUGUAAGUAAACAAAGGUCUUCCUUUAUAAUGUACUGUCUCAGUCAUUCAUAUAACUGACAAUAAAAUCAGGCCUUCUCAA